AGACCUGAGAAAAAAAGAGUAAGAGAAACGGAGAGAGAGAGAGAGAGUGGGAGGGAAGGGGAGAGAGAGAGCGCUCUCUCGAUCCUUCGGAGAGAGAUCCCGCCUAGCACACUCGCCACCAGCGCUCGCCUAGCAGUCGAGCGAUAACGCGCGACGUUAACGCGAAAAACGAGGACGUGGUAUAUCCCAGGUCUUCUAGGAAGUCCCCUGUGAAGAUCCCCUGCGUGGAAGAUGCGCGUCUGCGCGAGAUUGAUAGAUGACGGAACGGAGAUACGAUCACUCUCGUCGUCCUCGCGCUCCACCGUUUCCUGAUGUUACUACGCCACUCGUGAAGGGCACAACGUCGACGAUGACAACGGCGCCGACGGCGCGGCAGCGGCAGCGGCGGUGAGGAACAUGAUACGCAAAACACGAGCUGUCUGGAUUAUGGCGAACGUUCCUGGUGAACCGCGAGAACGCGGCGGCCGGCGAUGGGGCGAUCGUGAGGGGGUACCGUCGAGGGCGUCGAGCGACGAGCACUUGACGCACGAGGAAGUCACGAGCGGAGAGAUGACGAGCGCGACCCGACGACGCGACCGCACGAAGGGGGGGGGAGGGACGGGGAACAGCGCGCGGAGGGGAAGCAGCAGGGAGACGCACGGCUUAUUCUCCUCUCGAAGAGUCGCGGCGACACCCGGCUCUCUCGACCUCACCGUCCCGGUCUCCGUACGAGAACUGCUGCUCCGAACGAACGAACGGCUCCGAUACCUCGGUCGCUGCGUUACGUUGACUCUGGCUGGCGACGAUCUGGCAACAACCUGCGUCGCACUAAUGAUGCCGCAGCUUUGGCAACUCCGCUACGAGCCUCCGGACGGGAAAAAGCGAAAGGAGUUUCGCGAAAUGUCCAACACAUCAGAACUGAAUUGUGAGAGUACGAAUGAUACGAAGAUUGAAGAAGCUUUGGAGAAGAACUCGAUCAUGGAUGAUGAUUACAAAAGAUUGAAGCAAGAAAACGAGAACCUCCGGCAGGAGUUGCACAAUCUACGACGCAAACUGGAAACUAACGAGGCUUUCCAAAAAGAUCUUGUAGAGUCUUAUGAGAAUGCUGAUAUAAAGUUCAAGAAACACGCCGAACGUGUAGAACAUGAGCGAGAGUCGAGGGAAGAAAUGUUCAGAAUCGAAAAAAGAAAAUAUAAAGAUCAUAUUGAAGCUCUAGAAUCAAACCUAAUAAAAAGUGAAAUGGAUAUUAAGAAAUUGCAAGAAGAGCAAAAAAAAUAUGAAGAUUUGGUAAAUAAACGACUUUCUUGCCAAACUGCUCUGGAAGACAGUUUAGCACAGUAUAAAGCAGAACAAAUUAAAUAUUUUUCAGUUCUCGAAGAUAAUACAGAAAAGAUUAACCAAAAAGAAGAGAUUGAAAAAGAAUUGAAAAAUCAAAUUUCAAUCUUGGAAGCCCAUAUUGAUGAGCUUGAUACUGCUUGGAAAAGCACAAAACUACAACUGGUUAAGAAAACCGAAGAAUAUGAAGAAGCACAGGAAACUAUUAGAGAAUUAGCUGCAAAUCUUAUGGAAUUGGAAUCACCAGAUAUAGUUCCUGCUAGCGAGACGCGUAAAGGAAAUUCUUUAUUUGCUGAAGUUGAAGAUCGUCGACAGGUACUGAUGGAUAAAAUAAAAGUAAUCACAAAUAAAUACAAUGAGGUAAAGCGAGCAUUGAAUACAAAAACAGCCGAACUCAGUACAUUAAGGGCAGAGAAGUUCAAAGUGACCAAACAAUGGGAAGCUGAUAUGUAUGAUACAUUGCAAGAAAAUGAAGAUCUUCUGAAUAAGUAUAAGAGCAGAGUUUUCGAUCUUGAGAAAAAGUUGAAAGCUGAGAUGAAGAAAAAUGAACAGAUGGAAGAAACACAAUUUACAGAAAACAGUUUUAAUUACGCCGAAACGUUGUUAACCACGAAGAGGAAAGAACUCAAGGAGUUAAAGGAAGAGAAUGAGAAGCAAGCCAGAAAGUUGCUAGAGCAAAAUGAAGCAAAUCAACAUAUCUCGGCACAACUUCGUAUGUGGCGAGCUAAAGCAGCAUCUCUGGAGACUGAAAUUCUGCAAUUAAAAGCCAAAUUGGAAAAUAUUCAACAAAUAAAUGAUAAUAAAAAUCUCCUUGACACUAUGGAAGAUUGCAAUCUUCACGAUAACACGAGUAUUAAAGAAACCAAUGAUGAUUCAAAACCUACAUCUGAUGAAAACAAUAUUGUAACAAUGAAUAAUGUAUGUCAAGGAAAUUCAAUAGAAGUGCCGAAAAAGCGAGUAGUGAAUUUUACGAAUGAACAGAAAGAAUUACCUAGGAAGUGUGUAGAUUUUACUAAAGACACUAAAGUGCAAAGUAAAUCUGUUAAAUCUCCAUCUGAUCUUCGAGAAAGACAAAAAAGAGUCGAGUAUCCUAUUAUAAGCUUUGAAGAUGAUACAAAGUAGUUCUUUGUUCGUUGAUUCAAUUUAUUUUUUUAACUUUACAACAAUAUUAUGUGGCAUUAAUGUUUUAUAGAAUAAUUAUUGUUUGUUAUAUUUACAUGAAAAAAAAAAAAUAGAAUUAUAUAAGUGAAGACACUAAACAAUCAGUUAAUAAGAUAUAAAUGUAUUUUUUAAGCGUAUAAUUUAAUAAAAAAAUGCACGAAUUAUUUUAUAUUUUUCUAAAA